GAGAUGCGGGUAUCUCCUUGGUCACCUCUGAAAACAUUCUUCGUUGAUCCCUUUCACCACUACCAUAGUGGUAUCGUUCCGCAUGACCUCUGAUAGUUCUUGCGCUGUCUUAUUGAAGAAUGUUAAUAUUCGUGGAUUUUGAGCGGAGCUGGGAAACUAACUUGACUCAGCUAGCUCGCUAGCGCGUUAGAAAGCUCGACGACAUAAUAGGCUGCUGUGCUUUUGGGAACGCGGUGUGCUCGCUGUGUCAGAUCGACCGAGCUCUUCCCCGGGGUAAUAUAGGUGGUUUUCAGGUGGUACCACCGGUCUACUUUAUUCUUCACGAUUGCCCUUUUUUGUGUAAUCGUCUGCCUUGGCCGUGAGAUGGAGUGGCACCAGCUGACUUGCUAGCGAGCGAGCUAACAGCAACUGCUCAAUCCCCAGUGUGUUCACAGCGCUAGCAGAGCACUGCUCUCAUUGCGCUGGCUAUAAAUACCACUUCAGGUCCCAUGCUAAGUGCGCCUCCAAAAGUGGUGGACUAGUCCACGUCGUUCCGGCUUUUUCUGGUCACCUCGCUCGUAGAUUGGCACUCUACAUGGUCACUACAGUGAGUUUAAGACGACUUGAAGAGCGAGUCGGACCCCGAGGUUGUGAGCCGAGCUGGGCUGAUCUCACGUUAAAUCGCACCGGCUGCUGGGCUGCAGGUCUCAGGAGGAGCGAUACUUGGCUAAUCCGUGGCCGAAUAUCAUUUCGCCCUAAUGGGCUUGUUCUGUCAUCAGUAGUAAUAUAACCAGCCUUGGUACGGUCCAGGGUUUCAAGACCAAAACUUUGCAAGAAGACAUCUUCUUUGUUUCUACCGUGUGAGACUGUGGAGGCAGACUUCAUCUGUCCAGAGCAGAGCACCAUGUCGGAGGAUAACAACGCAGACAAGUUCAUCAAGGAGACAUCCAUUCUGGACGAGUACAACAUAAACUGGACACAGAAGUUGGGCGCCGGCAUCAGUGGACCCGUCAGAGUUUGUGUAAAGAAGUCAACUCAGGAACGCCUGGCUCUGAAGAUCCUCAUUGAUCGGCCCAAGGCCAGAAACGAGGUGCGGCUCCAUAUGAUGUGUGCCAACCACCCGAACAUAGUGCAGAUCCUGGAGGUUUACGCAAACAGUGUCCAAUUCCCGCACGAGUCCAGCCCGAGAGCGAGGCUCCUGAUCGUCAUGGAGAUGAUGGAGGGCGGCGAGCUAUUCCACAGAAUCAGUCAGCACAGGCACUUUACCGAAAAGAUGGCCAGCCAGGUCACCAAACAGAUCAGUCAAGCGUUGGAACAUUGUCACUCCUUAAAUAUUGCACAUCGCGACCUGAAGCCAGAGAACCUGCUCUUUAAGGACAACUCUCUGGAUGCACCUGUGAAGUUGUGUGACUUUGGCUUUGCCAAAAUUGAUCAAGGAGACUUGAUGACCCCUCAGUUCACUCCUUACUACGUAGCACCUCAGGUACUUGAGGCUCAAAGAAGACACCAGAAGGAAAAGUCUGGAAUUAUACCUACCUCACCCACUCCUUACACCUACAACAAGAGCUGUGACUUGUGGUCUCUCGGUGUGAUUAUCUAUGUAAUGCUGUGCGGCUAUCCUCCGUUCUACUCCAAGCACCACAGUCGCACCAUCCCAAAGGACAUGAGGAAGAAAAUUAUGACGGGAAGCUUUGACUUUCCGGAAGAUGAGUGGAGCCAGAUCUCCGAGAUGGCCAAGGACAUUGUACGCAAGCUGCUGAAGGUGAAGCCAGAGGAGAGGCUGACUAUUGAGGGAGUCUUAGCUCAUCCCUGGCUCAACUGCACUGAGGCCCUCGACAAUGUGCUGCCAUCUGCGCAGAUGAUGAUGGACAAGGCGGUAGUCGCAGGGAUCCAGCAGGCCCACGCAGAGCAGCUGGCCAACAUGAGAAUUCAGGAUCUGAACGUGAGCCUGAAGCCCCUAAACUCUGUCAACAACCCAAUCCUCAGGAAGCGGAAACUACUGGGCCCCAAACCCAGUGACAGUUUCUUCAUUCACGACCCGGAGAACGGCGGGGAAGACUCCAACGUAGCGCUGGAAAAACUACGAGAUGUCAUUGCACAGUGUAUACUACCACAAGCUGGAGAGAACGAGGACGAGAAGCUGAACGAGGUGAUGUAUGAAGCCUGGAGGUUCAACAGAGACUGUAAGCUGCUGAGAGACGGACUGCAGGGGCUCAGCUGGGACGGACGAGCCUUCUCUGAUAAAGUCGACCGCUUGAAGUUGGCCGAAAUAGUGAAACAGGCCAUCGAGGAGAAGACCAACCUCCAAGAAUCUCAUUAGCUGUCUUUCUAUCUUCUUUUUUAUAUUGUUUAUUAUGACCCUUUUUAACCCAUAUCUGUAAAGAGGCUUUUUUAUGUAAGAUGAUGCGCUAAUUUGUUCUUCUUUUUUUUUUUCAUAAAUCCACUUGCAAGACCUAUUGUUGACCUAUUGCAAGAGCUAUUGUACAGCUGUAGAUAUAUUUCAAAGAGGACUCAUUGGUACUAUAAUUUUUUUUAAAAUGGACACUUGCAAAGAUCACACGAAGAAAAAAACAAACAAACUAUAUUUUCAUUUUUUUGCAAAAAAAAAAAAAAAGAGAGAAAAGAAGAGAAAAAAAUCUGUGAAAGAAAUUAUUUUCUGGGAGGGAAUUUUUAUUAGCUGCUUCUCCAGCUUCUCCAAGAUGUCAUGUGUUUUAUCCCAGUUCUUUCAUUUUAUUCUAUUUUAUUUUUAUUUUAACCAAUCCUAAGAAGUUUUAUUUAUUUAAACAAAGAUUGUUUUAUACUCGUAGCUUGAUGGUGGGCUCUGAACCCGUCUGCGGUUGUUCUUCCACGCGUUCUCUGAAUCUACAGGUGAAUCUUUGUUGUUGUUGUUGUUGUUGUUUUUUUGGCUACUUCCUCUUGACCGUGUUGUUGAGGAAGAGUACAAAUGGAGGCAAAGAAAGUGUCAUAAAAUUUAAAAAAAAGCAGCCUAAAAUUGCUCAGCCCUUUCUUAAAGCUGGCAAACGACAGCUCUAAAAAUGUCGUAAACACUACGGCGGGUUUUCUGUCACGUUGGGGAUAAAGUGUUCCUACUACCUUUGUUUUUAGUGAGCUUUGGCCUUACAGUCUUCUUUAGAAGAGGUUGUGAGUUGCAGUUAGGCUUUUUUUUGUCAAACAAUCAGCAUAAUCCAUAUCACAAACCUGGGCUUCAUAAAGUGAUGAAUUUGUUUGUCAGCGUCCCACGUUUCUGUCUGUCUGGCAAGUAAAACGAAUCAUUUCAGAAAGUUUCAUCGGCUUUUUUUCUUCCCCUAUUUGUGUUGUGAUUUUAAAAGGUCUUAAGUCCAGUCUUUUCUUUUUCUCUUGAAGUUGUUGAUCUGUGAAACCGACACGUUCUGCUUUGACGUAAAGUUGUACCUGCUGGAAUUCAGACGGGAAAAAUCAGCAGGAAGGUGUGUUAGGAUUCUACUGAAUGUGCAAUAGGGCAAUAAUUUACUGUUUUCACAGUGAGAUCAUUCAAUCUGGCAGUAUUACUGUCUGACACGGACCUCUCCUGCUUCAUUUCAGUGGUCUGAAUGCCAGUUUACGCUCCCUCCCUUUAGCUGUAAUCGAUAUAUCACCGAUAGGCCAGAGUGAAAUCUUUCUGUCGUGCUCCAGUCAUAUCAAAUGGUGGUCUAAAGAAGGGAUCCAUGUUCGGGUGUUUUACACGAGGCCAUGUUGAAUCUACAGAACGGCACUUUGAUGGCGUAAAACACACGUUUCUGUUCGCUUCUGCUUAUCUUGUUUGAUAAAGUCUUUGUACAGAAUUCUCUCAUGUCAAGAUGAACCCUGAGUUUUGAUCUUCAUGUAUAAAAACAACCAUCAGUGCAAUAUAUCACCGGCUGUCCAGUGAAACGUGUCUCAUGUCGCUCUCUUCAGAUGCACCGAGGGAUUAAAUGUUUUUUUUUUUAAAUUUCUCGGCUACGACUAAAAACCUUUUUGUAUGAUCUGAAAAUCGUCUCCUGGCUGAAAGCAGGGCUGUUUUUUUGGAGAUGAUAUUUUUUACACCAUUUGGAGAAAAAGUCUUCCUUUGUAUGUCUGGAUUUCUAAUUUAGGUUUGGCUUUAAAAAAAGACUGAGUUAAGUCAGUCGCUACUAAAAUGAUUCAAGGAGAUCAUUUACGGUCUCCCUUUAAAAAAAAAAAAGAAGCUCAACGAUAACCACAGCUUGCGUUUUGAGAAGGCCUUAUGAUCACACGGCUACGUUUUACGCUCUAAUGUGCCUUGUUGAACGGGCGGCGUCUUCAUCUGCUCUCAUCGGAUUGAACAAAUCACAGAAAGGAGGAGAAGCUCAUUGACAGCAGACUUGUUUUCCUGUGAAGAAAUGAAGGUUUUUCAUUCCAUAUUGAUUCAGAGAUGUUGAAAUCUAACUAGCAUCAUAUCCGGUAAAAACUAAAAAAAUCUAUCUUACUCAGAAAAUAAGUUGUUUUUUGAAGUGCUGAAUUCCACAAGUGGGAAAUUGAAGGAACAGUUCAGCAGUUUGCUCUUUUUAUUUGCCUCCAGUUUGUCCGAUAAAUAUGAAAUUUACCGUUUAACGUGGUGCAUCUCGUGUCUAAAUGAUAAUUUUGCCUUUUUUGUGCAAACGGAUUAAUGUUACCGAUAAUUUCUCCGGCACAAAACCAACUAAAAACAUCAAAUUUGCCCGUUUCUAAUUAAAACUUUGUGCUAUAAGGUGAGCUUACAAGUGCUGCUGCCUUACGCCUUGUAUGUAUCGGACAAAUUUGGGUCAUUAUUGCUGAAUUAACCGCUAGAAAAUGGAACCAAAUGUUUUGUUGAACCAUGUCUGUGUGGAUGUGUGUCAUUAAUUUAUAUACAUAUAUAUAUAUAUGCUUGUGUGCGUCUGGUUCGGUAUGCAGAACCUUCUUUUGUAUUUCUGGAGGUCUAUCAAGAGAAUCAGUUAAUCUCUCCAACCCAUCCACAAAUCACAUAAUUUAUAUCUUCUGCUGAUUACCGUUGAAGGGCAGUGUAUUUAUUAGCUUUUUUUUUUUUUGUACUGUAAAGUCAAAGCAUGUCUCUUUGUACUGAUAGAAGACCUUCAUGGAAACCUACCUGCCUGCUGUUUGCUGCUCAGCCGGGCUCAGUGUUACAACUCCCAGAGGGAAGGUGUUUUUUUGUUUUUCCCUCCUCUGCAUCCUUUUACUGAGUAGCUGCUGCAGGUUUCUCUCAGACUGACAUUCAGGCGAACCCGACUUCAUUUGACAAAUAUUAAGUAGCUUCCAUUAGUCACUUUCUCUCACUUGGCUGCACAGUUGAGAGAUUUUCAAAUUUUUAUACAAGGGAAGAGACAAGAUUUCUUGUUUAUCCGAGCUCUCCCAACACCCAUGAAUAAUUGUGCCCCUUUUUUUAAAUAGAAAUGGUUUCUCAGCACUUGUACUCUUGAUAAAUACCAGUUGCUUCCAUUUCCUCUGCUGUAUACGUAAAAGUACAGGCAGGUGUUUAUUUUUUGGGGUUUUCUGGCAUCAAAUGUACGUAAAGAGGAUGAAGAAUCUGUUCCUCCUGAAGUAGCUGUUUCUGUUUAUACGUCAGGAUGGAAAUCAUUUCAGUUUCAGAGCCGUUUGCUUUACACCGGUCCUUUUUCUGGUCUGGCAGUCGAUGUAGCAUGAAUCUCUCAUCAAAGACUUGCUGUAUUUUCUGUUCAUCCAUGUAUUUUUUUUGCCCUUUCUGCCUUCUUGGAAUGUCAUCACCAUGCUGACUUUGUAAUAAAGGAAUUCUUUGACUUUU